GCCGUCUGCAGGACCCUGGCAUCCGGUCCCCCAGCCUCCGCCCUCCCCUGGGACCCCGCGGCCUCCCGCCCACAGCUUUUCCCAGCCCUGCCCCUCGCCCUCCGCUCCAGCCGGAGGGCAGACGUUCCCAGGAUCCCUGAGCCUGGGGCCCAGCACGCAGGAUUUUUAGCUUCUGAGACUUGCUCUCCUCGAUCCUCUUUGUCUCAACCUUUCUGUCUUCUUUUCUAGGUUCUUUGCUCGUACCCCUCUUCCUGUCACGUUACCUGUGUGUCCCCCAUCCCCGUUAGUGCCUCUCGGGGGUGGGGGUGUCCUUCCCCUCCUUGGAUUCAGACGGGCCUCCUAUUUCCCAGCACCCUGUGAGUCUGGGCAGCAAGAAGGUCUGUGGGUCCUGUACCCAACAAGGGGACUUUCUGCAGGUGGCUGCCGUGCCACUCAGCCAUGCCUGAAGGAGCCCGCAGACAGAGCUUGUCCAAACCCAGCCUCGGGUGUGGCCACAGAGGCGAAGCCUGUGACUGCCCAGCUGUGUGUGGGACUCGGACAGUGCCCACCAUGGCCUCCCCCCGAGGUUCUGGGAGCUCCACAUCCCUGAGCACAGUGGGCUCUGAAGGGGACCCAGCCCCUGGGCCCACCCCAGCCUGCUCAGCCUCCAGACCAGAGCCCCUGCCAGGGCCCCCUAUCCGCCUGCAUCUGUCGCCUGUUGGGAUCCCUGGUUCGGCAAAACCCUCAAGGCUGGAGCGUGUGGCCCGGGAGAUCGUGGAGACAGAGCGGGCCUAUGUCCGAGACCUCCGAAGCAUCGUGGAGGACUACCUGGGCCCUCUGCUGGACGGCGGUGUCCUGGGGCUGAGCGUGGAGCAGGUGGGCACGUUGUUUGCCAACAUCGAGGACAUCUACGAGUUCAGCAGCGAGCUCUUGGAGGACCUGGAGGGCAGCAGCAGCGCCGGGGGCAUCGCUGAGUGCUUUGUGCAGAGGAGCGAGGAUUUUGACAUCUACACAUUAUACUGCAUGAACUACCCGAGCUCCCUGGCCCUGCUCCGGGAGCUGUCGCUGUCCCCGCCGGCAGCCCUGUGGCUGCAGGAGCGCCAGGCCCAGCUUCGUCACUCACUGCCCCUGCAGAGCUUCCUGCUGAAACCCGUUCAGCGCAUCCUCAAGUACCAUCUGCUCCUGCAGGAACUAGGCAAGCACUGGGCAGAGGGCCCGGGCGCUGGAGGCCGUGAGAUGGUGGAGGAAGCCAUUGUGUCCAUGACAGCAGUCGCUUGGUACAUCAAUGACAUGAAGCGCAAGCAGGAGCAUGCAGCACGCCUCCAGGAGGUGCAGCGGCGGCUGGGAGGUUGGACCGGCCCAGAGCUCAGUGCUUUUGGGGAGCUGGUGCUGGAGGGUGCAUUCCGAGGUGGCGGAGGGGGCGGCCCCCGGCUUCGAGGGGGUGAGCGGCUGCUCUUCCUGUUCUCACGGAUGCUGCUUGUGGCCAAGCGCCGGGGGCCCGAAUACGCGUACAAGGGCCAUAUCUUUUGCUGCAACCUGAGUGUGAGCGAGAGUCCUCGAGACCCUCUAGGGUUCAAGGUGUCUGAUCUGACCAUUCCCAAGCACAGGCACCUGCUUCAGGCCAAGAACCAAGAAGAGAAGAGACUGUGGGUUCACUGUCUCCAGCGCCUUUUCUUUGAGAACCAUCCUGCCUCCAUCCCAGCCAAGGCAAAACAAGUCCUCCUUGAAAACAGCCUGCACUGUGCUCCAAAAAGUAAGCCUAUCUCAGAGCCCCCGACACCCCCACUUGGGUCUCCCCGACCUCAAGAUACUAAAAGUUUCACCCCUGGCUGGAGGAACACAGCACCGUCUCCGGGAGCCUCUGGCAGCCGCCGUGGACGCAGGCAGUCUGAACCAGUGAAGGACUCUUUUGUCAGGUUUCCACAGAACGCUAAGCCUAUAUUCAAGCAUGCUGGCAGUGAAGGGGAGCUCUAUGCCCCCUCCGAAGCACAGCCACCAGUGUCAGCUUCUGUACCCCCUGAAGACCUGGAGGAUGCUGGGCCCCCCACGCUGGACCCCUCGGGAACCUCAAUCACUGAAGAAAUCCUGGAACUGCUGAACCAGAGAGGCCUUCGGGAUCCAGGGCCAGCCACCAGUGACAUUCCCACGUUCCCUGGAGACUCCCAGGUGCCAGCUGACAGCGAAACCCUCACAUUCCAAGCCCUGCCCAGCCGAGAGUCUUCAGAAGAAGAGGAGGAGGAAGAGCUGGAGAUGGAUGAACGGGAGCCUUCCCCUCUCCAUGUCUUAGAAGGGCUUGACAGUUCCAGUGCGGCCGAAAUUCCCGGCAUUCCCAGCCUCACCGAGAUUCCUGACGUGUCCAACCUCCCUGAAAUUUCCGAAGCUCCCCACCUCCCCAGUCUCUCUGACGUUCCUAGUGUUUUUGAAAUGCCCUACCUUCCGGCCAUGCCUGAUGUGCCUGAUACGCCCUGUCUUUCUGAUUCUCCCCCACUCCCCUGUGACCCCUGGCUCCCUGGACCUCUGCAGGAGCCAGCUGAGGCACUGCCCGCCAGGAGAGAACUAUUCCCUGGAAGCAAUGCUGGAAAACUGGGGGAGCCCACUUCAGGAAGCAGGGUUGGGCAGGCUGAGGAGGGAGAAGGGGUGUCAUUCUCAGAUUUCCAGCCCCAGGAUAUCGCCCAAGCUCAGGGGCUCCCGGGUGAGCUGGAAUUCCGCUCUUGCUCUGAAAUCCGGAGUGCCUGGCAGGCUUUGGAGCAGGGGCAGCUGGCCCGGCCGGGCUUCCCAGAGCCACUGCUGAUCCUGGAGGACUCGGAUCUGGGUGGAAUCAGUGGAAGUGGAAGGGCAGGAGCCCCAAAUUCGGAGCGGGCGGCGUCUCGUGUGCGAGAACUGGCCCGGCUUUACAGCGAGCGGAUCCAGCAGAUGCAGAGGGCCGAGACCUUUUUUGCCAAUGCCCCCCGCCGCAGGCCACGGGUCCUGGCCCAGCCCCAGCCGACCCCCUGCCCGCCCCAGGAGCAGGCUGAGCCUGGGCCCCUUCCUGGCUUCGGACAUGUGCUGGUGUGUGAGCUGGCCUUCCCGCUGGCCUGUGCCCAGCAGUCUGUCCCCCUGGGCCCUGUUGCCCGGAUUCAAGCUGCUGUACCCUUGACUAAGCAGAGAGGCCACCUGGAUGACCAGAGUCUAAAUGUUUCAGAUUUGCCCGAGCAAGGAGCCCUCCAGAAUCCCCCGGCCCCAGAUAUGUCACCCAAGCAAGAGGCCCCUCCAGACAUCCAGCUUCCAUCUGUUUCAACUUUGCCCGAUCAAAGCCACCUGCAGAUCCGAGUUCCAGCUGCCGCUCUUGUGCCUGAGCAUAAAUGUGACGUGGAUGUACAGGUUUCAUCUCUCACCUGCUCUUCUGACCAAGGGUGCCAUGUAGAUGCCCAGAUUUCACCCACUCCAGCGAUGCCCAAGCAGAGGAGCUGUUCUGAGCUCAUGGUUUCAGCCAUCACCCCUUUAUCCAAACAAGAAAGCCAUCGAGACAGCCAGAGCCCAAGCAACAUCCCAGGAGCAGAGGAAGGAGGCUCCAGGGACGACCAGUGCCCUGCCACUCUCUCUGGCCAAGGCAUCAACCCUAUGCAGAGGCGCAGAAGCAGCCUGGACCAUCAGAUCCCAGCCGGCAGCCCUCUGUCCUUGUCAUGUGACUUCCCAGACAUUUCUGUUCCAGGUGCCUCACCUCUGCCUGCCUGUGGAGGGUUCCUGGACUGUCAGGUUCCAGUGCGCUCUCUGCUGUCUUUGCCUCAAGACCUCUUAGACGUUCAGGUUCCAGCUGCCACCCCUUUGCCCCAGCCACAAGGCCUCAUGGACAUCCAAGUCCAAGCCCUGCCGUCUUUGCCCAAACAGGGUAACCCUCCAGCCUUCCAGGGCUCCCCUGCCACACCACUGCCUCGAGAGCACGGCCUUACAGACACACAGGCCCCCAAAUCCACACCUGUGUUGGGGCAGCAAGAAUUCCCAGACACCUGCCUUCCAACUGCCACUUUACCUGAGCAAGGCAGCCUGCAGGACAUUCAAAGCCUGGUACCCACCCCCGUUCAGACCACUGGGGUUUUACCCAAACCAGCAGGCCCCUCAGUCUCUCUUUCACCCCCACCCCAGCCCCCACCACCCCCUGCCAGGCGGCUCAGCUAUGCCACCACAGUCAGCAUCCAAGUGGGCGGUGGGGGGCGGCUGCGGCCAGCCAAGACCCAGGUCAGGUUGAACCACCCUGCUCUCUUGGCCCCCCACUCAGGGGCCUGCGGGCCUUCACAGGGCCCAGGGGGCUCCUGAGGCCCCUUCCUUUAGUGAUUUAGGACAUCAGGCUUCCCAAAAAGCCA